GAAUUAUUUACAUCUCAAUUCGAUUCGACUCCAUGCACUUGCAUAGAAAAUUAACUAGUCCUGUUCAAAAUGACAACAAAAACCCUCAAAAAAAUCUUCGGUUUUAUUUAUCCUACCAAUGACUGCCUAAAAUAUGGGUCAAUGCUUAUGUAGGUGUGCCUGCGACUUCCACAGAAACCUCAACCUAGAAGAGGUCGAUCUGAUAUCGGAGAAAUCCCUCAGGGCCGUAGAAGAACUAGUGUUACUGCUGAAAGGCUAUGUGCACAACAACUGGAUAUUCCGACCAAGGCCGCAUAUAAACAGUUUCUCGGUAGAAGAAAAAGUUUACCACGCGCUGAGAAAAGGCAACAAACGCAGUCUACACAGAUUGGUAACCAGAGAUAGAGCGGAGGAUGGUGUCAGUGGCUUACAAAUCUUCCUAACGAAAUUGAAACAGCCGAUAAUUCCACAGUUCAUUCAAGCUCUGGCGGUCGAUGAAAACAAAGGCAUAACAGCUGACAUCGUGGCAGUGGAUAUGUUAGGCCUCAUGAGACAAAACCUACUUCCUAGGCAUCUUCGUUUGAUAACAGCUGUAUUCGAUUUGCUCCAUUGUGCAGUCAAAAACACCCACACUGAUGAGCUCAAAGGGAGCGCAGUUCCCUUGUCGAUGCUGCCCAUUUUCUUUCAGCUAGAGGUAACCUUCUCGGAAUUGCUCAGCAUGCAAACGCUUAAUAUUCCACGUUGGAGGCGUUUGGUAGCAGUUCUAAUGGAAAUGAUUCGAUUAGCUCCCUCUCAGCUAAAUAUCGCUCAACAUCCUGAAGAUCAACAAGUUUCCAGAAUUCCAAGAUAAUCGAAUUGUACAUUUCUACAUGGCUGUACAUUCGGUAAAAAUGAAAAGGAUAAAAAUUCAUCUAUCAAUAUUUUUUCGUAUCAAUAAAUAAUCUGAUAUAUAGAAAUUUUAGGAA